GUUCCACCCCUCCUCUCUUUCCUUCUCUGUCACCCUCUCUCUCUCUCACCUCUCUCUCUCUACUCCCGUGCAUCACAGCGUAGUGGGCUUUACCCGGUCUGCACCGCAUUGACGCUGCUGCUGCUGCCGCCGCUGCUGCUGCUGCUGCUGCUGCCAGGCGACCCAACCCACUGAACUAACGCACCAACAUACACACACACACACACACACAGGGAGAGAACCGGUCCAUUUGGUUGCUAUUACCCACAGCGGGAAGUGGAAGCUGUGCGGAUUGUGUGCGUAUUGUGCGGAUAUGCAACAAUUCCCUCUCUACCUCUCAUUACUUCUUUCUCUCUGGAUUCGCUGUCCUGCUCGGUAAUGUCAAGACUUUGGGAGCGGGAGUGACUCGGAUAGGAGGCUGCGGCUUGGAGAUUAUUGCGGCUGCGGUACAUAGCGCACGGCAAGAAAUUUGGAUACAAGUUUGCACAGCUCGCGUCAUGAAUGUAGCUGUUUAAUUGAAACCGUGAGCCCCCACCUUCCCGUGCUGUGUCCAACAUGGGUGUUGACUGAAUGGAAGAGUGUCCUCGCGCUGCCACAGAGGUAUGAGGAUGUACUUGUGAGGAUUAAAACCGCGCUCAAGUAAUUCUCGGACCAUGCAGAUUCUGCCGCCUAGGACGUUAUUUGUGUUACUAGCCCACGCACAUGUCUUAUUAUCUCUGAGAAAUAAUGGAGAAGUACGAACUAAGGAGGUCAGCAACACAAGCGCAUACUCUGCCAGGACUUUCCAUGGGUCACUCCGGGAGAGUCAUCAAAACAAACCCCGAGACCGUGCGCUCUCGGCGGGGUACGCCACAGGUGCUUCCUCGGCGGAGCGGGCAAUUCUCAGAGGGACCCUUAACUCCACUCACCCCUGGAAAAGGGUAAUUGCAGGAGAAACGAGGCGAUUUGGACACAACAAACGCGACUUCAAUAGGACAGUGACACCCAUGGAGGAUCCCAACGCUGCCUCACAUUGGGACCCGACGCGCCACCAUAAUAAGAGGAUAAAGUUGAAUGGCGGUCUUAGUAGUACGGGGACGCCAGCAGGUGGACACUACAAUGUGGCUAAGCCCUCUUCAAUGGGCCGGGGAGACGGAGGAGGGGGACCUGAGGAGGGCGACAGGCACAAGAGAGGCACAAAAGACGAGCAGAAGAAAGCUUGGAAGAGGGGGAGAAACCGACUGAACAAAAGCGCAGGGGUUUUGGCUCAGCCUCACGCGUCGCCGUGGGAACCCAUCCCAAAGCCGGUGGCCCUCACCGCCACCGACCUGCCCUUUGACCUCUUCACCAGGAGGCCCGAGUUCUUCACUUUCAGAGAGGAGAACCCCUGGGACGCCACGCCGAUCACCCCUCCCAGCUCGCCGGACUUCGGGGACGAGAUCAAGAACCCAUUUUAUCCGGUGACAAGUGAGACUUAUGGCGCUUACGCGAUCACGUGCGUCUCCGGCGUUAUUUUCCUAGUGGGGAUAGCGGGCAACAUCGCCAUCCUGUGCAUCGUGUGCCAGAACUACUACAUGAAGAGCAUCUCCAACUCACUGCUGGCUAAUUUGGCUGUGUGGGAUUUUGUGCUCAUCUUCUUCUGCCUGCCCAUGGUGGUUUUCCAUGAACUGACCAAGUCCUGGCUGCUGGGGGAGUUCACCUGCAAAGUGGUGCCCUAUGUGGAGGUGGCCUCCCUAGGUGUGACCACUUUCACCCUGUGUGCCCUGUGCAUUGACCGCUUCCGUGCGGCCACCAAUGUCCAGAUGUACUACGAGAUGAUCGAGAACUGCACCUCCACUACAGCCAAGUUAGCCGUCAUCUGGAUUGGGGCUCUCCUAUUGGCUCUCCCGGAGCUCCUCAUUCGACAGCUGGUAACCGAAGACACAGGAAUCCCAGACGAACCUCCCGUUGAACGCUGUAUCAUCAGGAUAUCCACUUCACUACCUGACAUGCUCUACGUCCUGGGCUUGACCUACGAGGGUGCUCGGCUGUGGUGGUGCUUCGGUUGCUACUUUUGCCUCCCAACCCUCUUUACCAUUGGAUGCUCACUGGUGACAGCACGCAAGAUCCGGCGCGCAGAGCAGGCCAGCGUGCGCAGCAACAAGAAGCAGAUCCGGUUGGAGAGCCAGAUGAACUGCACAGUUGUGGCACUGGCAAUCGUCUACGGUGCGUGCGUGGUGCCUGAGAACAUCUGCAACAUAGUUUCUGCAUACAUGGCAGCCGGUGUUCCUGAGCACACCAUGUCUGUCCUCCAUCUUCUCUCCCAGCUGCUGCUCUUCUGUCGGGCCGCCGUGACGCCUGCGCUGCUGCUUCUCCUUUGUCGCCCGCUGGGCAGGGCCUUCCUGGAAUGCUGCUGUUGCUGCUGCUGUAACCACGCACCCUCCUCGGCCACAGCUAGUGACGAUAACGAACACGAGUGUACCACCGAGCUGGAGCUGUCGCCAUUCAGCACCAUCCGCAGGGAGCUGAGUAACUACACACCUGCUGGCUCCAACUGCUAAACUGACAUUCCUCAUCAGGGAUGGAGAUUUCACUAGCCUGCAAUUAGCCUCUGGCUAGUAUUUCUCAGACUUGGCUAGGAGAGAUUUGCCUUACCUAGUCUAGUCACAUUUUCAAAUGGGUGCAUGAAUGAACUUGGACACUGAAUAAUCACAUUCAAUCAGUGUCCUAAAUCCUCAACUUUCAUUCCUAAUAUUAAUACUGUACAUUUACAGUAACUGUGUAACCCUUUUUUUUCAGAAAAGCUAACAAAAAGCAAACUGUUUUUUCCACUCAUGCCCUGGGGUGCUUGUAAAACAGGGUCAGUACAUAUUUUUACAGGAACUACACACUGGUCAUCGUCUAAUCUUAGCAAUCCUGCCUGAAACCUUUAAAACGUACAAACCUCCCUGCUAUAGACCUUGUAUGCCUAAAUAUCUUGUUUGGACAGUUGGGAUGGCCUCUUGUCACCUGUCUGAUGUCACUUUCCUCACAAGAGGUUUGUAUCAGGUUAGAAGACAAAAUCCAUGCUACAGUAUGUUAGUAAGGGAACAUAAAUAUUUAUACUGUACAAUAUAAAAGGGGUACGUUUGUACAGAAUACAUGUCACAGUAGGUUCUGUUAAAGAUGACAAAACAGUUUGUAAUGAUCCUGGCUGAUAAAUGUGUUCAGCUACCAGAAAUAAUAUUUAUGUAUGGGAAACUGUACUGUACACCCUAGGGGAGAAAUAAUCAAUGCCAAUCACCUUCCAAAUGGUUCAAUGGUGAAAUUAUAAGGACUAAGCUAAUUAAUCACAGAGCAGUCAUGUAUAAUAAUUAAAAUACUGCAUCCAGUAGGCUGACACUGCAUAUAGAAGUACAGGACAGUUUAGAGACUACAUCCGCUGUAAAUGUACAGUUCAUAUAUCGGUGCACACAUUUAUAGUCUUUGUGGCUGGGGAACUAGGCUUAUGAUAAUUGAACUAGCGCAGGGUGUCUCUGCAGUAAUGACAGUUUGCAAGAAGAAAACACAGAGUGGAGAUUGCACUGGAGAAUCUAAAUAUACACAACACUUACACUGUACAUCGGAAAACCAUCAAGUUGACUCUGCGUUAAACAUAACUGGGCUGGUCUCAGAGAAACACAAACACGGACUCGAGUGGAAUGAAAAGGUUUGGAGUGGACUAAUGUAAUCAAAUUAAAGUUGAAUGGAGUGGAAUGGAAUCGAAUGAAACGCCACAAUUAAAUUGAAUGGAGUGAAUAUAAAUAGAGUGGAAAGUAAUGGAACACAACACCGUGGAAUAUAAUUGAAAGGGAUGGACUCAGCACGGACUGGACUGAAAAUAAAUAUCUGCACUACACUGUUAUAUCAUGUUACGCCUUACACUUUGGGCUGUAUAUAUACUGUACACUUUCUUCGGUGCUCUUAUGAUGAAUGCGCUGUAAACAACAAAUCCAUCGGUUCAACUUAGAAUUGCAAGCAAUUGAGCUGCGCACUUUGUUUCUGGUCAAGAAAACAGAUUGCAGUUAGCCUAUCUGUGACUCUGAAAUAAUACACCAACAAUAGUGCGGAAAGAAAAUCAAUGUAGAGUUUCACAGCUGCCACAGCUACUGUUUAGAGAGAUCGCCUGAAUCUUUGAGUAAAAAUACUGCCUUUAUUUCAAAUGAUGGUUGUUAGAUGGUUAAAUUACAAGUAUGGUAGCAUUUAUUUUACAGUACAGUAAUUAGGUCACCAGUAAAUAUUUCUAAACAAAAAGAUAAUUACUUGUAAUUGUAGUUAUACUGUAAUAGAUGCAAUAAUUAACUAGUAUCUACAUAUUUUUAUUAUUACAUUGGUACAGAAAUAUAAUUACUUUCUAUUAUGUAAAAUAGUAACAGGUACAGUGGUUAGCAAUCAAUUACUUGGUAAUUACACCAUGUUAUUAAAUUAUUAUUACAAAAAAAGUGCCAAUACUGCAUAAUUACAUUGUAAAUACUAGGUAAUUGCUGGUCUGUAAAUAUAGAGGGAAUUAUAUAUUUGUACCAAUAAUCGCUGCAAAGUUCAUUGGAAAUGUAAAGUAGCUGUUUCAUUUGUGUACAAAUCAUUACAUUAUAAUUACUGAACUGUAAAACAAAGUGCUACCACAAGUAUGUAAAUCAGCUCAAAAGCGAGACAGCCAUUUUAAAGAGUAGAAAAAACUUGAUCUCUGAUAUCCUUGUAAUUUCAUUACUUAAGUUUUUAAGGAGAACCAAUGAAAUGUUUUUCACAGUGUAUAAAUUUACACGUGUAUUGUACUGUAAAUCUGUUUUCUUAAUCCUGCUAAUCAGACCUGGGUCAAAACAAGGUUCAAACCACUAAAGUAUAUCACUUAUUACAAUGCAGCCAAUCAAAAUUUUGGUAAAAACUUUAAAGCCCAAACAUUUCAUGUUAGCAUUUAAAGAACCAGUGUGUAGGAUUUAGUGGCAUCUAGCAGUGAGGUUGCAGAUUGCAACCAACUCGCAAAAGGCCCUCUG